AUGGUUUGCCAUUUUGACUUCACUCAAAAACCACUCUCAUUUGCAUUUAAAGCCAUACAUAAUUUGGACAUAUUAUCUGGAUGUGAAAAUGAGUUACUGAGAUUAAUUGAGAAAUUGAGAAAUCACUAUGGCGUAAUCAAUGUUUUGGGUACUCAAUACGAUUCAAUACGUAAUCCACGGCGUAAGAUUGUUCUUUGUGUUGCUGGUGGUUUAAAAUCAGGAAAAAGCAGUUUCAUCAACUAUCUUGUGGAGUCGGACGUAUGUCCGGUAGGGAUCUGUGCAACAACUGCUCGAUUAACCAAAAUUACAUAUGGUGAAAAAUUAUCAGUUAAACUAGAAUCGAUUGAUGGCAAUGUAAAAGAAGAGUACGGAAUAGACAAUCCUGAACAAUUGAAAGAAAUUACUAAAAAGCUAGUUGCCCUUGAAGGGUCUGCUCGUGAAGACGAUUUGUGCAAAGAUAUUGUCACUAUUCAGUUAAAUCGUAAAGAAUUAGAAUAUAUCGAGCUAUGGGAUAUCCCAGGCUUCGAUGAAAAUGAAUACCUGAAUUCAAUUAUUGAAGAUAUUCUAAAAGAAACCAAUAUUAUUUUUAUUUUACAAUCGUUUGGAGAAGGUGUUCACAAAACAAUUGUCGAUCUUUUUCGAUCUUGUACGGAUAAACAUGGAUAUCAACCACAAGUUUGUUUCGUUGUAACAAAAAUCGAUCAAGUAACAACGAAUCCAAAGGAAAAUGUUGAGGACGCUCUUGAUAAUACAUUCCAUCAAAUAACCGAAAAAUUUCAGUUGGAAAUCGGUAACGACUGGAAAUCCUCACCGUUUUUUAUUCCGUUAUGCACAAGUCCGAAACACAAUUUAACAGAUUUCCUUGAUUCUUAUAAGCAAUUCACUAACAAAUUACCAUUAUUCUUUAGGCCUGCAGUACGCAAUAUUGCACUUAAUCGCCUGAAAUAUCUUACAGAAACUAUUCAUGAAUUAUUUGAUUAUGAUGAUAUCGAUCGAAGUAUCCAACGAGAUGAGAAACUAUCAAAUAUGUUGACUAUUCAUCUUGCCGAGCUGCACGCUCAGAUAGAGAAAGAGUUAAAAGAACCUUUUACACAAAUACACUUAACUGUUUCACGUAAAUUUUCUACUAAUACAGAAUGUGAUAACGAUGAGAACAUACAACGAGCACUUCUUGACGAAAUCGAAAAUGAGUUAUCGGUGAAGCGUGAACAAAUCCAGAAAGGCGUUUCAAACUGCGUAAAUGAAUUAUAUCGAAAGUUGGGGGAAAAUCCAGCGUUAACAGCUGUCAUCGUCUCAUUGGGAAAGCGUACAUUGUAUAGCAAUGCAUAUCAAGCUGUUAUCGGCCAGUACAGAAAGGAAGACCAUAGUCUACUUCGUUCCGCUAAACUUUAUCAUGCCGCUUCGUUCCUCACAAAUAUUUCUGAAUGGGCUCCUAACUCUGCGAAUUUAAAAAGGUUGGGUAUAGUCCUUCCGGCUACUAUUGCUGUUACUGGUCUUAUUACAGGUUUCUGGAUUUUCCCGGCUAUGUACGCUGCUGCUGCUGCUACUACUGCCUCUACUGCUGCUGCUACUGUUGCUGCUACUACGGCUACUGCUGCUAAUGCUGCUGCUACUGCUGCUGCUGCUGAUGCUGGUAGUUUAUUGGCUAUUUUUUGGCAACUUUUUGGGGUUACAACUGCUGCUACUACUGCUGCUACUACUGCUACUGCUGCUGCUGCUACUGCUGCUACUGCUGCUGCUACUGCUGCUACUGCUGCUACUACUGCUACUGCUACUGCUACUACUACUGCUGUUGCUGGUAGUGGAAUUACUUUUGGGGUAGGACCGAUUCUAGCGAAUGGCAUAUCACUCAUGCGCGAACGCGGGAAGUUCACAGGUCAAGCAAAAGCUAGUAUAGAAUCGAGCGUUAAAACAAUUAUUGAGGGGCUUAAAAAAGAUAUAUUUGACCAUGUUCAUCAGACGCUUUCUAAUGGUCUGAACAUUAUGAGCGACGUAAUGAAGAGAAAAAUAGAGAAAAUGAAUGAACAGAAAAACACUGAUGCAGCACGACAUAUUGGUCGAUUUCUUGAAAAGAACAACUUAUCAAUUGUUCAACUGUAUCUAAAUCUCCUUGAUCAAACGAGUCGCUUUGAAUAUCCCUCUUGUGAAAUCAAUCUUGGAACAGUAUUGGGUAAAAGUAAUUUUCCAGUAUAUGCUGGUAAACUUGGCGACACUGACGGAACACGUGGAGAAAAUAUUGCAGCUAAACGUCUUUCUCUUGGUAGUUUUAAGUGGCAAGAAGUGCGUUAUAUUACCGAGCUGAAGCAUGAAAAUAUUCUUCAUUAUUAUGGCGUUCGUAAAAGUUCAGAUCGCGAAGAUCACUACGACAUUCUUAUGCAACGUCUUGACUCAGAUCUUACCAGGUAUAUUGACUAUGCAUCAGAGAAAGGACAGAUUAAUGAUAAACUCAUAGACAACAUCUUUAAACAGAUCACUACUGGUCUUGAAUAUUUACACAAAAAUGAUCUCAUUCACCGUGACAUCAAACCAGAAAAUAUUCUUGUUCAACUUCGAGAAGAACGAUCACCGAUCUUUGUCAUAGCUGAUUUUGGAUUCAUUCAUCGAGUACCAAUAUCUAUUAAAGGUACAGAUGGUUUUUUGGCCCCGGAACUUCGUGCGAACAGCAUAGAUAGUACAUUUACAACAGCGAGAAUAGAUAUCUUUUCUCUCGGAGCUACCAUUCAGCAAACUAUAGACAACUCUCGAGUAGAUACAAAUGGUAAAUAUGUAACAUUCUGGGUAGGAAUCAGUGCACGUUGUCAGUUAGACAGCCCAUAUGAACGGCCAACAUGUCAAAAUAUUCUUGAAGAGCAUGAACAUUUAAAAAUAUAA